GCUGGUGUUAACGGACAAUUUAUAUUAUAUGUAUAUGACUCAUAUUUAGUGGACAAAAACAGUGGUUUUAGACCGGAAGUCAAUAGAGUGACUGUUGGACUAUGUCAUUAGCGGUAGGCGGGGGUUGCCAGUGACUGGCAAAAUGAACGCACGCAGCAUAGCAUUCGAAAUGUCCAUGGAGGGUAGGCAAGUCGACGAGGUCGUGGCUAGCAUCUUCCACACGGUGCUCUUCCAUCGUUCAAGUGGUAAAUUCACAUACACCAACGAGGAGAGUUACUCCAUAAGGACCGUCAGCUACGUAGACGUGGACUGCGACUUCAUAGACUUCACCUACGUCUGCUGCGAGUCCGAAGCCUUGGGGAGGAUAGUUAAACGUGAUAUAUCAGAUUUCUCUGAACGUCUCCGCGGCUCAGACGGCUCCUUCCCGCCUCGGGGGUCCAUCUCGCUGGAGUUCUUCCAGAAGCGGAGGGCGAGGUGGCCGUUCCAGCCGGAGUGCGUCCCCUGGGAGGUAUGGACGGUCUGCUGCGAGCUGACCGAGGCCCGCAACGAACAGGACAUGCACACGAAGCACGAGGGCGUAGUGGAAAUGCUCCAGGAUAAGAUAGUGUUCAUAACUGAAAUCAUCAAUCGCCACGAAUACGUGCCCAAGAUGCCGAGCCGGUCGGAUGCCGACCUGAUCUUCGACACAACCUACUCGGACAUACAACCUUAUCUGUUCAAGAUACACUACAACCUGUCCGGCGCCCCGCCGACCUCUGUCGGCAAUACGGUCCGUAAAUUGCUACGCGACACGCUCUCCUUGUGAUGUAUAUUAUGUUACAGCGCCAUCUAUCUCAGUUUGGACGCGUACGGAUACUUUUAUACUGUCGGUUUGAUCGUCGUCGGAAUGUGUGAUAUUGUAUUGAAGAUGUUCUACUACGGAUGAUAUAUGAAUCGUGUCGAUUGUUAAAAACAAAAGUGCAAUUAUUUUUGUUUCGUAUUUUGUAAAUAUAUACAUAUAUAUAUUUUUAUGAUUUAAUGUUAUAUAUUUUUUUCUAAUUAUCUGUACUUAUAGCUAGCACGAUGUAAACACAUUAUGUUGUUUUAGUGUUUGACGAGUGUAAUAUAACUAGUGAUGUCCCGUUUAUCUUUUUAUUUUAACUAAAUUUUUUUUUGUACGUCUACUGUGUUACUAUAUGUUUGAUAGUUAACGAUAACUGACGUCGUUAUCUCCAACAUAUUUAUCCAGACCGUUCGCCGGUGGUGUUAUUGUUUAUAAGUUGGAAUCGAAUCGAUAUUUUUUAUAGUUAUCGUUAACUGCCAGACUUACGGUGCACGUAUUUUAUCGUGUCCACAUAUAAUUUUAAUGUUUGACCACAAUAAAUAUAAAUUAGUCAAUAAAAAGCUCGCACUCUAGACUUAGUCAUAUUCUAAGUUACAAUAAGUUUUUAACCGUCUCUGAUUUCUUGAACUUAACACAUAUAAUGUUCUGUGACAUUGCUCUUAUUAUUAAAUUUAAAUCGAACAAGUCGUAAUUAUGUCUUGUGAGAUAAUUUUUGUGAUAUGACAUUGAAUUAAUAUUUUUUUUUAUAUAUAUAUAUAUAAUAAUUACGUAUUGUAUAAUGUAUAUUAAAUGUACAGUACUUGUAAUUUUUUUUUGUAUUAAUGCGUAGUUUGUAGUAUAUAUAUAUAUAUAUAUAGAAAUUUAUUUAUUGCUAGUUUUAUUGUAUUCAAGGUAUUGUAUUGUAUGGUGCAUGAUCGUGUAUGGGACUUGUAACUCGUUCUCAUUGGUUAGUAUAGAUUGAUUAUUCUAAUGAUAGAGUUAAUAUAUUUAGAGUAGGCAAGAAAAUUAAAGCUACAAUAUAUAUAUAUAUAUUUGGAGGUUAUUGUUGUAGCUUUGUAUGAUUUUUUUUUAAUUAUUAUUUCUAAAUAAAAAUGUCUGUCUGUGUAGUUCUUGCCUAUUUUAUGUAUAUUUUUAUUAAUGUGAAUGUAGUGUCGUCUCGAUAUAGAAUUUAAUUCAUUUUGUAACAAAUCUUCACUACAUUUAUCUGUUGUAUCGUUAGUAUGGAUUUUAUACUUUAUAGGUUAUGUUCGGCUGAUAACUAUGUACGAAAGGUUUGUCAGUUAAGUUAAAGUAUAAAACUCGUACUAGGGUCCAUGUGAAUUUAAUAAGUGUUUAAUAUCAUCAACGAUACUGGUUUAGCGGUUAAGAGGAUAGAUCGCCGGCGAUGUAUUCGAUGGUUUGGAAAAACUUGAUACUUCCAGUGUUUGCGUUGACAAUACGAACACGUACUAAGUUCACAUGCCCACAAAGUUUCGGUGAAUCCAUCCAACGUUCAACUUCUUAAUUUACUUUCCUACCUCAUUACGUGACUAGAUCUAGAUUAUCGUCUCAAUUUAAAACAAAUAUCUAUAUUGAAGAAAAAAACUCUUAUUAUUAUAUAAUCACCAAAGAUGAGGCUGUACAUGGUGUUUAGAAAAAAAUAUAAUAAUAAUAAUUAAACAAAAUAAAUUAUUUUGCGAUUCCCGUAUAUAAGAAUUCGUCUAGUGAUGAGACAAUAUAUUUUAUUCAUAUAUAUAUAUUUUAUGUGUAUUUCGUCUGUGUGAACACCCUGUAUGUAAUGAUGCACCCGCUAUGGCCUUAAUCAAUAUUAAUGUGAACGGCUGUUAUGAAACAAUGGUGAGCAUAUUGUUAUGUGAUUUAUGAGUUCAAAAUUUUUUAAUUCUUUGUCUUGUGAUAAUUUAUAUAUACAUAUAUAUAUUUAUAUAUUAAUGUAAAUAAAUGAUGAAGUAUUUAA